UUGAAAAAAACUUGUUUUGUUUUCAGUUAUUUCCCAAUGCUUUUCCACUGAAAUUCAUCAAUUUUGACUCAAACAUGAAUUAACAAAGCUCGAAUUCCCCUCUGUGUCCCAUAAGAGGUUAUUUUAAAUGUUUCCCUGACGUGGUUUCACCUUCAAACUCAAAUGAAUCUCGAAAUGGGUGAACGAAUUGAGGACUACGAAGUUUACAAUCUGUUGGGAAAAGGAGGUUUUGCCUCUGUGUAUCACGCAAAAUGUUUAAAAACAGGAUUAAAUGUCGCUAUAAAAAUGAUUGAUAAAAAAAUGAUGCAAGCAGCUGGGAUGGUAAAACGGGUCGAACAGGAAGUAUCAAUUCAUUAUCGACUUAAACAUCCAUCUAUUUUGGAGUUGUAUACGUUUUUUGAAGAUGCUAAUUAUGUUUAUCUUGUUUUGGAGUUGUGUCACAAUGGGGAGCUGAGACAGUAUAUAAAAACUAAGGCAUUAACUGAGAGUGAAGUUAGCAGUAUUAUGAAACAAGUAGUAGAAGGCAUGAAAUACCUUCACACCCACAAUAUUCUCCAUAGGGACAUUUCUUUAUCAAAUUUAUUACUUACAAAAGACAUGCAAGUGAAAAUUGCAGAUUUUGGGUUGGCCACUCAAUUAUCACGUCCUGAUGAAAAACACAUGACAAUGUGUGGGACCCCAAAUUUUAUCUCACCUGAAGUUCUUUCGCGGAGUUCUCACGGUCUUGAAGCCGACGUUUGGGGUCUUGGAUGUCUUCUCUACAAUUUAUUAGUGGGGUCUCCCCCGUUUGACACUCAUGGUGUUAAAAAUACUUUAAAUCGCAUUGUUUCGGCCAAUUAUCAUUUGCCCAGUCAUUUGUCACUCGAAGCUAAAGAUUUAAUUAAUUCACUUCUCCAGAAAAAUCCCAAAGAUCGCAUCAAGUUGGACCAGAUUUUGGAGCACCCUUUUAUAAAAAGAGGACAGUUGUUGACGUCACAUUUGACUCAUGAUAGUGGGAUUCACACAAUGUCUAGCCGACGUGAUAGCGCCUUCAGCGACGGUGCUAUUAAUAAUAUUUAUGUGCCUAACAAUUUUAAAAGUAACUCUCAAAAUAUGGAGCAGCUUUCGAGGAAAUUUCAUGAUAUUAAUUUGAGGACAAACUACUCAGAUCCUCAAUUUUUCUCCGAAAUUCGGAGUCAUUGCAGUUGUGAAUUGCCUCAAAACAACGCGUAUCCUGCCGACCCGGGGGGGAAUCGAAUCCUCAAAGACAGCUCGAAUCACAAACCGAUUUUUUCUACAACCAGUACCAGUUCGAGCGAAAGUAACAAAAAAAGUGACAAAAACAAAACGCAACGACUGUUACAAUUGUGUUCUCAAAGAUUACUUCCGAAAACACACCGGACCGAAAAUUCAAUUUUACACAUAAUGGAAGAUGGCGAAGUCGUCGUGGAACUGAUGAAGAAAAAAGGAAGUGCGAAACGUAACGUCGUGUGUGAUGUUUUGAGAAUAUCAUCAGAUGGGGCUAAAAUAAUUAUUUAUGAACCUAAUGGGGGUAAGGGAGUGGCUCCAGGAGUGGCACCGCCCCCUAUACCUCCACAAGGGGGUUACGAUGCAUACACUAUCGAAAAUUUACCGGAAAAGCACUGGAAAAAGUACAUGCACGCAUACCAAUUUGUGGCCCUUAUUAAAGAAAAAACCCCGAAAGUCACUUGUUACAAUGAUAAAAUGAAGUGUGUUCUUAUGGAGAAUUUGACCGAUUUUGAGGCCACUUUUUAUGAAGGUGGGACCGUGACGAAAUCUUCUUUGAAAGGGAUUACGUUUCAGGAUUCGUCCGGUAAUAAACUUUUGGUUAAAACCAACAACGAAUGUCGCAAUUUAACCGGAACUUUCGAGUAUAUGUGGUCCCAAUCGCAGGAGGCUUUGAAACAUUGUCUCGUUUUGGAGGAGAUGUUAUCAAAGUUGGCCGGUCCCAAUUUUCCAGCUAUAAUAGGCAGGAGGCCGGCUUUGGGGCCUGGAAAGGAGAAUCAAACCCAAACAACCAUGAUGCCCUCGUUUGCUGUUUCCAUGAACAGUACGGCUGUAGGGUCAUUCCAGAGUAGUUCUGUGUCAAAGGAGAAGAGAGUGUCAGUGCCAGGGGUGGGCACGGCGGUGCAAUUGCCCAAUGGAGAAGUGCAAGUAAGGUAUGGUGACGGAUCCCAGUUGUCCAUGGACGGUAAACAUCAAAUCAAGUAUCAGUAUUCGGACGGUAACACCGUUACGUAUAAUGAUAAUGAUAAUAUUCCACGUCCGAUAAGGGAAAAGUUGCAACACAUGCCAAAGAUUCUGAAACAGUUGAUGCCGAGUCCAACUACACAUAAUUUUCGGUUGUAGUUAAGUGAUUCUGUAUUUGAAUUAAAUCAAUAUAUUGUUCAUUAAAAAUGAAAUAAGUACUAAAUGAGGAAUUUGUAAAGAACUGACCAGUUUUUUUGAAUUGAAUAGUGUUCGUCAGAGAUUAUUUUAGAAAGGUUUUUAACAGUGAACAAAUAUUUUGCACUAUUAAUUGACUCUUUUAAUUGUGACAAUAAAGAUUGAACUUU